ACUAAAUAGCCAUAACCUAUGUCUCUUGAAACAUAUACCUGCUCCUCCCUGCGUAACUUGGAAUACCACAAAAACAUUGUGUUCUACAAUGGCAGGUUCGACACCAGACAAGCCGCUGCAAGCUCUGGAAUGCAAGCCUACCGCAUCGUAACUCGGUUUCCUUGCGUAGCCCUCCUGACGACGGAUGUGGAUGACGAUGCAACGAUUGUUGCUGGAGUGAUGCCGACAAGCGGUAGUACUGUAGCUAAUGCACUAAUCGACAAGGUCUCGACGAGAAGUGCCAGCGCCAUAGCUCGGGGUGUUCCCUACAAAAUGGAGCAGCGAGAUAUGCAGCUGGGAUGGAAGUUUACAGAUGCGCAAGGGGUCAAGUACAAGUGGAACACUAAAGCGCUGAAGACUCGGUGGGAGCUACUUGACAGCAAAAAAGCAGCCAUUGCCACCUUUGACUGCACAAAGUUCUGGAAGGACGGUCCUGGCAUCCUAGAAUUCAAGACUGGUAUUAGUGAUGAGCUUCGAGUGCUUUCUCUUUUGGCUCUUGGCAUAACUGCACUCACUAUCGCAAGGACUCAAGACAACACCCACACAAAUGUUGAGGAGUGUAGGUGGUUGAAAUACGAAGGUAUUUAUGGACUUCAAUGUUGACCUUCAGAGAAUCCAGUAGUUAUGAGCUUUAUGGAAUGAGUAUGACUA